GGUUCCAUGGUCUUUGGUUCCAUGGUGGGAUUCUUGCUAUUCUUGCUUGUUUGGCGUCGCGUUUACGCCAAACAAGACAUGAGCCAAAAAAGGGAGUGUGCCGACCAGAUUGAAUCAACCUCUGAAUGAGAGAGAGAGGAGGCAGAGGGAGCAAACAGAGAGCACCCAGCAACAGUGCCCAAUCUGAGAGACAAAACACAGAAGAAUCAGAAGAGCUGCAAACAGUUUAUUUUAUGGGUCUGCAGAGAACAAAAUAAUCAUGUUGACUAUCUUUUUUCUGCAAUGAUCGACUACUAUAACAAACUAUUUACACCGGAAAUGGACCGUAAAGUUGCAAACUUCUCUGGGUUGUGGAAAAUGAAGACUUCUGAAAACUUUGAAGAACUCCUGAAAGCGCUGGGCGUGAACGUGUUUGUCAGGAAGAUAGCCGUGGCUGCAGCCUCCAGACCUGCAGUAGAGAUCACCCAGCAGGGAGAGAGCCUCUCCAUCCAGACCUCCACCAGCGUACGCACCACCCAUGUCUCCUUCACCGUGGGACAGCCCUUCAAUGAGGACACAGUGGACGGACGCCCUUGCACCAGUACCCCUCGCUGGGAGACAGAUAGCAAGAUCAGCUGUGAGCAGACCUUGCAGAAAGGGGAGGGCCCUAAGACUGCCUGGACCCGUGAAGUGACCAAUGAUGGUGAACUCAUUUUGACAAUGAGCGCUGGGGAUGUUGUUUGCACCAGAGUAUAUCAACGAGAAUGAAAGACUUAAGACUGUCAAACAUUUCCAUUUUUCUUACUUCUACCUGCUCCUUUUGCUUAUUUAAUCUUCCAGUCAUUCAGAUUGUGGUUAACAAGACGUCAGUUGUAUGUGUUUUGUCAGACAGAGUUAGAUUGUUGUGAAAGCCUUGUGCCAGUUUAUUUUCAUGUAUAAUGUUCUCGUAAUAGCAUGUAAUGGCUUUGUAACGUUAUCAUUGUUCUUCCACAACUAAAGCUGUAUUUAUUCUCAGUAUACCGCAUGAAAACCCUAUCUGUAUUUUUCUUCAAAAUGUCUUACCGAAGCAACUGUAAACCAUCCUCAAACAGUGUUGUUAAAAUUGACCAUGUAUUUCCAAAA